AUCUGCCCGUCUUGGCCUCCCAAACUGCUGGGAUUACAGGCUUGAGCCACCGCGCCCGGCCUCAGUUAUAUUCUCAAUCAUAACACUUUAUUUCCUGUAUAGUACAUAUCAAAAUUUGUGAUCAUUUCAUUUGUUGAAUAUUUUACCUCGUGGCAAAAUCACACGCCAUCUUCCAAGGGGCGAGACCCCUCAAUGUGAAAGGGGCAAGAGACACAGAACACGAGUGGCAAAAGCAUAGGAAAGUCCAGAGGCCGCUGCCUUGACCACAAUGGAUCGCUCUGAGCAGUUCAAUGGUUAGGUCUGUUAACCAAGAAAGAUAAAGCAAACCAUUCACGCUCAUGCUGGACUUCUGGUUUCCUCCUUCUUAGUUAAGUAGGUUCAACCCCGAUGGUCCAAGCAGGACAUGUCAUUUCCAUCCUAAGAACCUCUCUAGGAACCCCAAGUGGGCUCCCCACUUGGUGUUUUUGCUAAGCAAUCACUGUGGGGGGGUACAAUUGCAGGCAGAAAAAAUCUAAGCCCCACCCCGCGGGACUCAGAAAUUUGAGGAUCUUGGUCUUUAAGAUCUGGCCCAUCAGCUUUCAGAAAGGGCGGGGUGACGGGAGCAGCUGUCACCUCCUUCUCUCCACCCAGCCGGCGUUCACGUGUGUUCCGCUGUGCAGUAACAGCUCUUCUUCCGGGACUUCCUGGUCGCCACGACCAAUCAAAAUGCUUUUCCUGUCCUUACCAUUGUCAGCCGCUGCCAAUCGGCGCGCCUCUACCAACGCCCCUUAAAGGCGCAGCCACCGCCUCCGGAGCCGGGGCGAACCAAUUCCUCGGUUGCGGCCCCCACCUGCAGUAUGGAGUCGUCUCGGGGGCGGCCCGGGCCCGAGACGGACCUUCUGGCUGUAGCGGAACAGCAGGCCGCAAUCUUCGGCGGCGGACCGGGCCGAACGUCCUCUGAGCCGCCCUCAGGCCUCCGGGUGUCCGGGGAGGAAGAGGCCGAGAACGUUGGGGGCGCGAACCGCCACCCCAGGACGUCCCCGAAGACGUCAAGCUGCGGCGUCGUCCACCGGCCGGAACGGGAGGCUCUCGAGAAAGAGCCCGGCCCUCAAGGGACGCCGUCUGGGGCCGGGAGCCUCAGUGGGGCGCCGGGUGCAGAGCACGAACCGUCCCCGUCCUUCCGGCACAAGGACCCAGCGCCGCCCGAGGGCAAGCCCGCCUCCGGGAGGGACUGCCGUCGAGGGGGACCAGGCGGCGGGAUGGAUGUUGAGCAGCAGGAGGAAGAAGACAACGAAGAGGAGGCGGCCGCGGGCGGCAGAGCCAGCCGCUCGUUCUCCAGCCGCCUUCAGGACAGCCGCAGCCUGGACGGGCUGAGCGAGGCGUGCGGUGGCGCCGGGUCCUCAGGGAGUGCCGAGUCCGGCGCGGGCGGCGGACGCCGCGCCACCAUCUCCAGUCCCCUGGAGCUCGAGGGCACAGUGAGCCGCCACGGCGACCUCACCCACUUUGUCGCCAACAACCUGCAACUCAAGAUCCGUCUGAGCGGCGCCCCUCCACCCCCGCCUUCUGCCCCUGCGCGGCCCUGCCCAGCGCCUGCACCCACACCCACACCAGCCAUUCCCCCCAUCGACCCCGAGGUGCUGCGGGAUCUGGAGCGGUUGAGUCGGGAGCUGGGAGGCCGGGUGGACCGUCUGCUUCGCGGUCUGGGUGGCGCGGUGCAGGAGCUGACGGCGCUGAGCGUGGGCUGCAUCCAGACCUACCGCGACGCUGUGGACUCCUUAGGUGAAGCCGUGGACAUGAGCAUCAAGGGCAUGUACACCCUGCUGGCGCGCUGCGAGGAGCUGGAGCGGGCUCUGCAGCCGGUUCAGGGGCUGGCUCGCCAAGUCCGGGAUAUCCGACGUACUCUGGAGGUGUUGGAGGCCCUGUGCAAGUGACCAGGAGGACAGGAGAGGCCGGGCCUGGCCAGGGCAGGGCCCAGCAGGACCCUAAGGACUCUUCAGGGAGUCCUGGUGGGAAGUGCCCACUGAGGGGAAGCCUGUGUGUUGGAGGCUCUUCCAGAUGCGUUCAGCUGGCCCGCGCCCACUCGCUGGGCCUUAGGCUGGUGUAUAUGGGGAAGUUGUAACGGCUUUCCUGGUGGGAAGGGAUGUUGCUCUGCUUUUAUACAGUUGGCCAUCUGUAGCUACCCUGUUCUUCCCAACUCUCCUCCCUAGCUAGAGCACCAGCCCUGGGAACACAGGGCUUUAGGUCUGCUUCAAGGUGAGGACGUGACUCCCACAUGUAAUCAGGAGAAAGGGACAGAGGAAGCCCCAGCCCCCACUGUGGCUAUCCUGACUUCAGUGGCCACAUCUCAGGUGCCAGGGGCUGUGGGAGCUUGAGCCGUCCUUGGCCAAACACACCGCAGGCAAGGAUGCACCCCUGCGGAUGGAUAGCCUUCUGCUUCUGCCCUCUGGCCCUCUACCAUACCACUUCCCCAGCCAGAACCGGGGUGCAGCUAGGAGGAAUGGGUUGCACGGCGGAGGUGGGUGAGGUGGGAGGCGUCUCACUGCUCUCAGGGUUCAGGUAGAAUGUUGCUGGUUUUGAAGCCCACCUGUUGUGGAGUGUUCUCAUCAGUUUUGGCUUUCUGAGAUUUUGUGGAAUUAAAGUGCUGCUGCUGCGAAGGCUGAGGCUGA